UUAUUGACAGCUUCCUGUGGCUGUGCUAGGUGAACCGUCACGCCUCCCCCUUCUUAUCCUGUCCACGCAACCCUAUUGUUACACAUUCCUAAGAGGAGAGGCAAUAAACGAAGCGUAAGAACUCUGCAGCCCGAAGGAGGGGCGGCCCGAAGGAAUGGAAGUCGAAAGAGGGCGUUGAUGGGUGGCCGGCUUCGUUGGCGUAAACCAUUUGGCUUCGUGUGGGGGGGGAAGAAGAGGAGGGGUUCGAAGUUUUCCUUUGGUUUCGCCGCCGCCUGUCAGAAGCCGAGGAAGGAAAGGCGGAAGCACUUUAAUUACCCAAGGUGCCAUAUGAAACACUGAAUAAAAGAUUCCGAGCUGCUCAGAAAAACAUUGACCGGGAGACUAGCCACGUUACAAUGGUUGUAGCAGAGUUAGAGAAAACACUGAGCAGCUGUCCAGCAGUUGAUUCUGUAGUCAGUCUCCUUGAUGGAGUAGUCGAAAAGCUCAGUGUUCUGAAACGAAAGGCAGUUGAAUCAAUCCAGGCUGAAGAUGAGAGUGCAAAACUGUGCAAACGCAGAAUUGAACACCUCAAAGAGCACAGUAGUGAUCAGCCAGCUGCUGCAAAUAUGUGGAAGAAAAAACGCAUGGAUCGCAUGAUGGUGGAACAUCUUUUGCGGUGUGGCUACUACAAUACAGCUGUAAAACUAGCAAGGCAAAGUGGUAUUGAGGAUUUGGUAAAUAUUGAAAUGUUCUUGACUGCCAAAGAGGUAGAGGAAUCAUUGGAAAGACAAGAAACAAUGACUUGUUUAGCUUGGUGUCAUGACAACAAAUCAAGGCUCAGGAAAAUGAAGAGUUGCCUGGAGUUCAGCCUAAGGAUUCAGGAGUUCAUUGAGCUUAUUCGACAAAACAAGAGACUGGAUGCUGUGAGACAUGCAAGGAAACAUUUUAGCCAGGCUGAAGGAAGUCAGCUCGAUGAGGUGCGACAAGUGAUGGGAAUGUUGGCCUUCCCUUCCGAUACUCACAUCUCUCCUUACAAGGAUCUUCUGGACCCUGCACGAUGGAGGAUGCUAAUUCAGCAGUUUAGAUACGAUAACUACAGGUUGCACCAGCUGGGGAACAAUUCUGUUUUUACUAUAACACUCCAAGCUGGGCUUUCGGCUAUAAAAACACCACAAUGUUAUAAAGAGGAUGGCAGUUCAAAGAACCCUGAUUGCCCUGUGUGUAGCAAAUCCCUAAAUAAGCUGGCUCAGCCUUUGCCAAUGGCACACUGUGCCAACUCCCGACUAGUCUGCAAGAUUUCAGGAGAUGUGAUGAAUGAAAAUAAUCCUCCCAUGAUGCUUCCAAAUGGAUACGUGUAUGGAUACAAUUCUUUGCUUUCUGUUCGUCAGGAUGACAAAGUAGUUUGCCCAAGAACCAAAGAAGUCUUCAACUUCUCACAAGCAGAGAAGGUUUACAUUAUGUAAAUCCCUUAUACACAUAAUGAAGUGCUGCUGGAAUUUGUUACAAGAUAUUCUGCCAUGACAUGUAGAAAGAGAUCUUGAGCAAAGAGAGCUGUGUUUUGGGGAGGGAGGGAUUCAGAUUUAUUGGUGGCAUUUUUUCUUGCGACCAAAGAUCAUUGAACAACAAUAUACACUCUUAGAAAUUGAGGAAGUGUGACUAAAAGUUUGUACUUGGAGGGAACAAGUUUUGAAUGUUUGGACAGUAAUUGGUAUCUCAAAUAUUCAUCCAGAAAAAGAAGUUUACUCAAAUGGACUGUUCACUUGAGGGAUAAAAAUGUUACAGUGAAUUUCAAAGGGCCACUUCACAUUUCCAGACCUGUUUUCAGUAACACUAAUGUGUACCCAUUUGUGAAACAGAGUGGUAUUUGAAGGGGCCAAAUAUGCAAAUCUGUAAUACACUAGGAAGCUGGAGCUAAUCACAGCUUCUGAAUGUAUGUCUACUGUGGCCUCAGGUGUAUGGCUGAGAUAUGUGUGAGUCUGAGUGCAUGUGCAUCUUCCCUUUGGAUGUGGCUGCCACACACAAACUGGAAACAUGUUAUAUAAAAGUGUGAUGUGGGCCUCAGCGUGCUUCCUGCCUCUUAUGUUAGCAACUGAAGACCCUUUUGUUUGGUAUUCUGUUACACUCUGCCUUUUAAAUGAUCCCAUGGGCUAUUGUAGUUCUGUGGAAGGGAUGUCUGGCAACAGUAACAAGACUAACUUCAUUGGAGGUAUCAGAAAUUCCUUUGAAUAGAAAUAUAAGGUUUUAUUCUCCCCUCCAUCAUGAGGAAGAGUGCAUAAAUACAGAGAACAGAUAAUGUUACAGGCAUAAUGCACUGCUUUGGUGCCUGUCCUUCCAGUUGACCGUAGUGGUAACAUCAUUCAUUUAUUAGUUACUAUGGGCAUAGGAUUCAGUAUCAGACCAUUAGUGCUACUGCCUUAUUUCUUGCUUUGAGAAUGUAUUCACAUGAAAAUCAUCUGAUAACCUUAAGUGUUGGGCAAGUUUUGAAGAUGCCUUGCAGGAUAAUUAUGUAACUUUAGGGUAUUCAUUACAGAAGAGAUUAGUUCAAUUUUAACAGAUACAAAUCACCUCCUUACCACUCUCCAAACAAAACCCAUUGUAGUUGAAAGAAAACCAUAUGGUAGAAGUUUGUAUUUAGCAUUUAUUUUUGCAUGUUGAUGUUGAUUAGCUAAUAAAGAAAGUAAACAUAA